AUGACUCUCGUAUAUCAGCCAGCUGGGAAAAUCCCUUUCAGUAAUCAGAGCAACCAUUCAGAUGAAGUCUGCUUAUACUGGAAACGGAUGCAGCUCUUGUCUGUCUUCCAAGAACCUGGAAUAGUUAGUUCUGUGGAUUUUUGUCCCACAUCGAAGCCUAUUAUUGCAACUACAAGCUCUGUCAGACUAUCCUUAUUCGACGGAAUUGUGUGUGAACCAAUAUCCUUGUUUUCCAGAUUCAAAAAAGCUGUGCAUGGUGUGCGAUUUCGAAAUGAUGGAAAACUUCUAGCUAUCGGAGGUGAUGAAGGAAAGCUGCGUGUUUUUGACUGUGAGAAAGUAGCCAAAUUAGGAAAAGCACCUCUUCGUAGUUUUAAAGUAUGUGAUAGUAUCAUCCGUGUUACUGAUUUCACUCAAAGUGGAAAAACAGUUGUUAGUAUGGCUGAUGAUGGUAUGGUGAAGUUUUGGGAUCUGGCCAGCAUGGUAUCAAAACCAGUUCAAGAAUUUUCUGCUCAUUCUGAUCUUAUUCGUGCCGGUCUUACUUCUUCCAUAAACGAUCACAUUGUUAUAUCUGGCGGAUAUGAUCACAAGAUUAAACUUUGGGAUACAAGAUGUUGUGGUAACGAUGGAGCUUCUAUAGAGAUUGAUGUGGGUUUACCGGUUGAAAAACUUGUUUACUUCCCUGGAGAAAACCUGAUAGGAUCUGCAGCUGGUAAUACAGUAAAAAUAUGGGAUUUGACAAACAGCGGUCACAUGCUCGCAAAUCUCCAGCAUCAUCACAAAACUGUGACGUCUCUAAAUAUGGCAUCAAAUGCCUUCAUCUCUGCUGCUAUCGAUAAGCGAAUUAAUUUCUAUAACUUGAGCAAUUUCUCUCUGUCGUACUCGAUGUCAGUAGCAGCCCCAGUCUACUCUCUAGCUGUGUCUAGAGAUAAUCAACGAAUUGCAGUAGGAAUGGGCAACCUUUUGUCCGUUCAUGUAAAGACAUAUAAAACGUUUACAGAAAAAACAUCAAACAUUGUGGCUCCAGCUGUUUCUGCCUCAGCUGUUCCUCCGAAGCCUGUUACUAAGUCAACCGAAAAAAACCGAGAGCCGAGAUUGAGCAGAGUAGAUACCCUGCUAAAAGCUUAUCGACAUGGCGAGGUCAUACAUAAUAUUUUUUGCAAAAAUUUCAUAACCGCGACUCAGCAUCAACAAACCGUAGCAUGGUUGAGACAAUUAAUUCAUCGAAAUGUUUUGAAAGGAGCCCUAGCUGGUCAAUCUGUUGUUGUCCAGACAAAUAUUUUGAAAUUUUUACAAAAACACAUGAUGAAGACCAAUUACUUCGAAAUUCUAUCGAGUGUUGCUUUAGCUUUCUUUGAAGUUCACGCAGCUGAGGACGUUGAUCCAAAAUGUUUAGAAUUAAUGAAAAAAUUGGAUGAAAUGAUAACAAAAGAGUUGCACCUCCAGUCGCAGAUAUGUCAAACUAUUGGAGCUUUGGAAUUAGUUUUACACAAUAGCAAGAAGAAACUGGUUCCAAAAAGUAGUACUGAUGAUAACGUUUUUGAAGAACCUUUGUUUAAGUCCGUUCGUAUUUGA